GAGCUGGGCUGGCGGGACGGCUUGAACCGGCCUCGCGGACGCCGAGCGAGCGAGCGCGGCCUUCGGCAUGCCGGAGAAGCGGCUCUCCGCCGAUCCACCAGAUAUUACAGAAGAAGAAUUUCAUCUACAUGAGAGUCAGGCUUUAUCUCCAUGACUUCGUUGUUAUGUGGCUGUGCAGUUCCUGGUUGCAGUAAACACUAGUAGAUGGCAUUGAUGAACUGGUCAAUUCAGCAGGAAAAUUGUUUGGCAACAGAUGACUUCCUCGUGGAUUACUUUAAUGAAUUCCUAAGCCUUCCCACCUUCUCAAAGGCAAUUAGGUUUAAUGUGGAUUAUGGAGUUUUUGAAGUAGUCAAUGAUGCCCCACAACUUCUGGAAAAGCAACUGAAAAAAAUUCUUCAAAACCAGCAACCUCGAAAUCCCAUCUAUGAUGUUAUAAGGAAAGGAAAGAGUGGUCACACUAGACCUGUUCAAAGGAAUGUCCCCUGUGAAGAUGAGGCCAUUAACAUCAACUACAGUAUUAUGUGUCUCAAUCGUGAACAAGGUAUUAAGUGGAUCAAAAAAGAAAGACUUCCAGCAUUUCUGGAAAGUGAUUGCUACUUUGAAUACAGGUUAGCCAAAUUGAUCUCACAAGUAACAUGGAGCAAGUCGGGUAUGAAUUUCAUUGUAGGUACAACCUUUGCUCCCUGGGUCCUGAGAAAACCACCCACUCCACCACCUCCCACCACUGAAGAUGACCAUCUUGGGAUUAUGAAAAAGUUCUACAUUUCUCUUGGCGAGGCCUCCUAUGCUCAAACAAAAGAUUGGUUUACACUGGCAAAACAAAGUCAGCAGACAGUAACCACUUUUUCCUUACCCUGCUGUAUACCGCACCACAAAGUUGCAUCACCAGCUAUUUCUUCUGUUUCUGAGAAUUUUAUCUUUGAUGAUGGAGUUCACCCCAGAACAAUAAAUGACUUAUCUAAAACAUCUGAAAUAACUCCUGAAUUGGAAGAAGAAGGAUCUAUAUCCAUAAAAGACACUCCUUCGCAAGCUCUUCUGAGAAUAUACCUUGAAAAGCAAGUGGAAGAGGAUGACAGAAACCUGACAAUGCAUUUCUCCUCACUAGAAGAAUUUUUAAAUGCCUAUAUAAUCUUUAUUUUGAGAGAAGCUGUUGAGCAUAUCACAGGACAUUCCUUUACUGAUAACCCAAGCAACGUAAACUUCUACCAUAUACGACGAGCAGUAUUAGAUAACCCCAUGUCUUCCGCUAGCAAGAAAGUUGUAGUCCCACCAGAAAAGGAAACUGUAAAGGAAAGCUCAGAAGAGAUACUGGAGAAAGUAAGUCUAAGUUCAAAGAGUGAGAGCAUUGGGCCUGAGAGCAGGGCUAACUGGUGUAUGUCUCACAGAACUUACGACAUUGGCAAUAGAAGGGAAUUUGAAAGAUUUAAGAAAUUUUUAAAGGGCACAUUAGGAGAGAAAUACUGGUGGCUGUGGAUGGAUAUUGAGAGGUUAAAAGUUCUAAAGGAUCCUGGAAGACAUCAAAGACAUCUUGAGAAGAUGAAAAAAUGCUAUCUUUUGAGCAGUGGAGAUUGUUACCUUUCUGCAGAAAUCUUAUCAAAAUUUAAACUGCUAGAUGGAUCUUGGUGGACUGAAGAACAUUUGAGAAAUAUUCAGACUGAGGUUAUAAAACCUUUACUUCUAUAUUGGGCACCAAGAUUCUGUGUUACUCAUUCUUCCUCAACAAAAUAUGCUAGUGCUGAACUGAAGUUCUGGCAUCUCCGCCAAGAGAAACCAAGGAAGGAUGUUGACCCUUUUCCACAGAUGGCAACCCUCUUACCACUAAGACCUAAGUCUUGCAUUCCACAGAUACCUGAGGUCCAGAGAGAAGAAAUCAGUUUAGUACAACUGUCCAAUAAAUCUCCCAAGAAAUCGCUGAGAGGAAGCAUAGGGAGUCAAAAACUUUGGAAGAGCGAGUCUUUGUAUCCAUUUCCUUCUAAAAAUGAUGGGUUUGAGAAAGGGUCAAACAACUUAUCAGAAAAGAACACAGUGGUUCAUUUAACAUCUUUUACUGACAUUUCUGAAUGUCUAAAGCCCCAACUGGACAGAAAAUAUGCUUACACAGAAGAGCCUAACGUUAAAACUGUAUCAGAUGUUGGAGCCCUGGGAGGAUUUGACAUGGAAAAUUUGUUGCAAUCUCUGUAUGUAGAAAACAGAGCUGGAUUCUUCUUUACUAAAUUCUGUGAGAAUUCAGGGAACAAGUUGUGGAAGAACAGUGUGUACUUUUGGUUUGACCUACAAGCUUAUCAUCAGCUGUUCUACCAAGAAACACUUCAGCCUUUUAAAGUAUGCAAGCAAGCCCAAUAUCUUUUUGCCACAUAUGUUGCUCCGUCAGCCGCUCUUGACAUUGGACUUGAACAGGAAAGGAAGAAAGAAAUUUAUAUGCAAAUCCAGCCACCAUUUGAAGACCUUUUUGACACAGCAGAAGAGUAUAUCCUUCUCCUCCUUCUGGAGCCCUGGACAGAGAUGGUGACAGUGGACCAAGUGGCUUACAGAAAGGUGGAACUCCAAGAAGAGACUCGGCAGCUAGACUCCACAUACUUCAGGAAGUUGCAGGCUUUGCAUAAAGAAACAAUUUUUAAGAAAACUGAGGACACAACUGGAACUGGAACUGGUAUAUUAUCACUCUCUGAUGUCUCUAAACAAACAGAGUAUUGGAAUAAUGUUCCUGAGGAGUACAAGCAGUUUAGCUUUAAUGAUCUACUUAACAACAAGCUAGAAUUUGAACAUUUCCGUCAGUUUCUUGAAUCUCAUUCUUCAAGCAUUGACCUUAUGUGCUGGACAGACAUCGAACAGUUCCGAAGAAUACUUUUUAAAGACCGAAGGCAAAGGGAAGCAAAAUCUAUAUACAUUAAAAACAAAUACCUUAAUAAGAAAUAUUUCUUUGGACCCAACAGUCCAGCUUCUUUAUAUCAACAGAACCAGAUAAUGCUUUUAAGUGGUGGCUGGGGGAAGAUUCUCCACGAGCAGCUUGAUGCACCUGUUCUGGUGGAAAUUCAGAAACAUGUCUUGAAUAGGCUAGAAAAUGUGUGGCUGCCAUUGUUCCUUGCAAGUGAACAGUUUGCAGCACGUCAGAAGAUAAAGCUACAAAUGAAAGACAUAGCAGAUGAACUUUUACUACAGAAGCAUGAAAGGAAAAUUGGGGUUUGGAAGCCUGUGGCGAGUAAGUGGAUAUCUUCAUCUUGUGAAAUAAUCGCUUUUCGUAAAGCAUUAUUGAAUCCAGUUACUGCAAGGCAAUUUCAACGAUUUGUGGCUCUAAAAGGAGAUUUACUGGAAAAUGGGGUUCUUUUUUGGCAAGAAGUACAAAAAUACAAGGACUUGUGCCACUCCCAUUGUGAUGAGUCUAUCAUCCAGAAGAAGAUCACCACCAUCAUCAGCUGCUUCAUUAACUCCUGUAUCCCACCAGCUUUACAGAUUGAUAUUCCAGUGGAACAAGCCCAGAAGAUUAUUGAACACAGGAAAGAUUUGGGACCAUAUGUGUUCCGAGAGGCACAGAUGACAAUUUUUGGGGUUCUGUUUAAAUUUUGGCCACAGUUUUGUGAGUUUAGGAAGAACUUAACUGAUGAAAAAAUUAUGAGCGUUUUAGAGAGAAGAAAAGAAUACAAUAAGCAGAAAAAGAAAAUGUCAGACUCAGAUGAAGAAAAAUUUGGAAAGAUUGGACCCAAACACUAUGCCAGUACUACAGGGUCUAUUACCAAACCUGCUUUAACCAGUGAUUCCUUUCUGGGCCUGCAGGCCUAUGGCCGACAGCCAACCUGGUGCUACUCAAAGUAUAUAGAAGCCUUAGAACAGGAAAGAAUUCUUCUUAAAAUCCAAGAAGAAAUGGAAAGGAAGAUGCUCACAGGCACAGGAUCUUUCACAAAUUUGUUUAAGCCUUCCACUCGUUCCACUAUGUCUUUGAAGAAGAAUUUGUCUCUCCACACCAUGCAGAGUCAGUUUUCAAGUGACAGCAAUUCUGUCAGUCAUGUCCUUCUGCUGACAGAUGCAAGGAUUUCUUUAAAUCAAAUUUAACUGAUAAGAGAUGCUCAAGUAACCAGUUUUUCAGGUGGUCUGUAUUACCUUAGAAUAAUAUCUACUAUCUAGGUUAGGAGAAUUAAAAGGUUUUGUUUAUCACAGACCUUAAAGGAAAAAAUAAUAAUAUUCCCCUAGUAUAAUCUUUCAACAAAUAGUCCUUGUACAUUUACUAUGUUUGAUUGGCAGAUAUAUUCACUAGGUAAUAAGGGGAUGUGACUGUUCCUAGCAUAAGUUAAGCCAGAGCAUACAGGGAAGAACCUUCCACCUCCACCUGCAGCUGUGCUGGGUUUACAUGGCAGUGUGCAUAAGACUCAUGUGGCCCUGGCUAGCAUUACAGAUCCCUGGGCCCACUCCUGCGAACCUGUUCAGUUGGUGGUGGAAGGCACUGGGGCCACCUCUACCAGACACCAGGUGAUUUUUGAUGUAGGGUUUCACUAUUGACCACUCUGAGGCAAACUGUUAAGGAACCAGGUAAAAGCCCUCUUAUUAGCUGGCACUACAUUUGUGGCAAAAGAGAACCCAGACAUACACUUUCUGAUGCUUAUUCCUGGAGGGAAAGGAGAAUAUGUAAGAAAUGACCUUGAAGGGUCAUUUAUGGGCCACAUAACGCAGAAGCUCCCAGGGAAAUAACCCAGAUUACCAGGUUAGAAACAAUAUCCUUCCGCCUUACAUAAUCCCAGAAAAUAUUUUCAAAGUUGAAACUGCCAUUCCAAAUUCUCUAGUUAUUAGAAAUUUUAAAUGAGUAAAGUAUUAGAAGAAAUAUUUGAGAUCAUUUUUCCUCUAAAGUAGUGACUUUAGGAGUGUUUUACCUGUUUUGUUUUUUGAGUCAGGGGUCUUGCUGUGUUAUUCACUAGGUAAUAGUGUUAUUUAGACUAGAAUUGAUCCCAGGAUCCUCCUGCUUCCUGAAUAACUGAGCUUACCAGAUGUGUGUUCCACCACGCCUAGCUGGAUAAGAAACCAUUGGUCCCAUACUUACCUAUGUCCCACAGAGCCCCAAGCCCUACAGUGGCCAAGGAGUUGCUGACCACUUUCCAUAGACUCCAAAUGAGUGCUUGCUCUUUUGUGGCUGUUUUUUUGUUUUCCACUCUUGUUCUACUGUCUCUGGUUUUAAUUGAGCUGGGUGGUGUGUGUGUGUGUGUGUGUGUUUGUCUGUCUCUGUGUAUGUAUGUGUGUGUUUCAAUUUUUUGUCCUCCCAGUAUAUCAAUUACAAUUCUUUUAAAAUUGCUCUGUUUUCUCCAGACUCUUCACUAUUCAUUGCAGCUAACAAAGCCCACUUUGCAAACACUCCAUAGUGCUUCAUGGAUAGUAUAAGUAGAUAGGGUUGCCAGCUCCCUCCGGGUCCCAUUCAUUUCACCCAAGAUAUAGUCACUGACUACACUGCUUCUGGUACUGCUUUAAACAAACUGUUGCCUGUUAGAUAAUUAGUAUAAGACAAAUAAAACAUAUUACCCUAUCUGCAUGUAUUCCUUCCGUGAUGCUCUUCCUUUCUUAUGUGGAUAAGGGUUUCUACCUUUUCUUGGAAAAAUUUCUUUUAAUAUUUCUUGCAAGGCAGGUCUAUGUGGGACAAACACAUUUAAUUUUUGUCUGCCUUAAAAAGUCUUUAUUGCUGGGCGUGGUGGCGCACACCUUUAAUCCCAGCACUCAGGAGGCAUAGCCAGACAGGCGGAUCUCUAUGAGUUCAAGGCCAGCCUGGUCUACAUAGUGAGUACCAGGACAGCUGAGGCUACAGGGAGACCCUGUCCCCAAAGAAAAAAAAAAAAAAAAAAAAGUCUUUAUUUAUCCUUCCUCUGUGCAAGAGAGUUGUACAAUAUACAAAAGUGUAGAUUAUUGGGCAUUUUCUUUCAACACGUUAAAGCUCUCUCAUUCCACUCUCCUUGCUGUGUGGCUUCUGAAAAGAAGUCAAAUAUUCUCGUUGUUCUUCUGUAGGGAAGCAUCCCCGACCCCCUUUCUCCCAGGCUGCUAUCAAGGUUUCCUCUUUGACUUUGGUUUUCUGCAGUUUGAAAAAUACAUACAUAAGUAUAUUUUUGCAUAUUUAUCCUGUGUGUUAACUUCUAAACUUCUGGUAUCUGUAGUUUGGUGUCUAUCAUUAAUUUUGGAAAGAUUUGUCAUUGUCACAUCAAGUAUUUCUUCUGUUCCUUUCCUUUUUUCCUCCGAUAUUCCCUUUCCACAUAUCGACACCUCUUGCUGUUGUCCCUAAGUUUUUGGAGCUUGGUUCUUUUCUGUCUUUUCAUCAGUCUCAGAAGCUUCUACUCAUCUCCAAGCUCGAUGCAGUGCUUCUUUCCUCAACAGCAUCUACCUAGUCUGUUGUAGUUGUCGUUGCUGCUAGAUUGGUUUUUAGUUCUAGUAUUCCCACUUGAUUCUUUCUUGGACUCUUCUUAUCUGUGCUUGCAUUACGAAUCCAUUCUUGUAUAUUCUCUACUUUUUUAAAAUUGGAGCUCUUCAUUAUUAGACACAAUCAUUUGAAUUUUCCAUCUGAUAAUGCCAACAUCUCUGCCAUAUCCAAACUUGAGGGUUUGGAUGCUGGUUUUGUCAUUUCAUACUGUGUUGCUUGCUUUUUACUUUAUUGUAAUUUUUUGUUGAAAGUAACACAUUAUGUACAAGGAAAAGAGAAUGAGGUAGAUAGUUCCAUGGGGUUUCAUGCUCAUCUGGCUAGCAGUAAGCUUGAACUUGGUUUUCCUAAAGCCUCCUUAACAGUGCUAGAGGCUUGAAGUUCUUGAAGUUAAGUCCCACUGAUGUGAAAGAAAACAUUUUGUAGUGCCAUGAUCUGGUCUCAGUGUUUUAAUGAGCCUAACGUGAGUAUUUCUCUCCUGCCAGUUUGUUGGAAUUUUGGUGAAGAAAAACAGAACAAAACAAAACAAAACAAAAACACGCACCAUUGUUGAGGUUCUGGUAAAGUAGUUAGUACUUUGAGGGCAGGAACGGAGAACACAGGUCUAUUUCAAGGUCAAUAUUUUACUUCUUCCAGAAGCAAGAGGGGAUUGGGCCCCUGAGGAUCCUUAACUCUCCAUCUAGUCUGUAGUCAGCUUCAGCUUUGCCUCGUGUGUCCCUAAAGCUGCAGCCUCCUCACCUGGCAUGCUGCAAUUCCAUUUCUGCCUUCACGUCUCCAGGUUUGGGGCCUAGAGAUCACCCUAUUAUAACAAUUCUUUGAUGGAUCCAAGAAGAAUUAUUGAUUUUCAACUUGUUUGGCUAUUUUCUUGUUGCAAGGGUGGUCAUGUUGACAUCCAAGUACUUUCCAUAUCAUACUGGGCCCUGAAGUUUAACAUUUGUAUUUUAAACUGUUCUAUAGACAGUUUGCUUAACUAUAAAAUUAAGAAAGGUUAAUUUAACUGUUAAAGGGAAUGUCAUUCUAAAUAUGUACAUGUUCAAUUUUGGCUAUCCUCCAAGCAUGGAACAACAUGAGCUCAUCUCCAUCUCUCCCUCUAGGGGCAGUUUCCUUACCUUAGUGUGACAAUUAUGUGUCUGGCUGUGGUUCUGUGUAUUCUAAUGUCCUUUGAAUUCGUCUCCAUUCCUCAUUAUUAUUGGACUGUUGUUACCCUGUUCUAGAACCUCAUCACCUUGAAUCUGAGACUUAAUUCAUUUCUCCUGCAUGGCCACCUGCUGCCUGUCCUCAGAGUAAUAUUUCUAAAAUGCAAACUUGGUAUUCUUCUGUCUAAAUGCUUUAUGGAGGUGAUUGGUAAAAUAGAAGUCUCCUACUCAGAGUGAUCGCCAAGGCUCUUCUACCUUCUGAUAUAAACAUUCUGAUCAGGCAUUUGUUCCUCUGGGAGGCUGCCUGAUACUGCUUUCUUACAGACCAGAUCCCCCAAACAGCCACAGAAAUUCUUACUGUCUCCUCCGUGACACAAAUCCAUUCCUCAGAGCAGCAUAAGCCACAUUGAUUGCAAGGGGUUUGCAGCUCGAAUGCAGCUGUUAUUUUGCCUUCAUUCUAGUACUUUACAUAAAACAAUUAAAAAACAGAUGUUCAAUAAAUAGUUAUUGAAAAAAUAAAUGAAAUAGUUCCACUAUUAAGUCCCUGGAAGAUAAAAAUCAUGGUUCAUCUAAAAGGUUUAACAUGAUGCCAUGCUGGUUAGUUUUAGCUGUCAACUUGUUACACUCUAGAAUCAUCUGAUAGGGGAAAUCUCAAUUGAGGGAUUAGUGAGAUCAGACUGACCCCUGGGCAUAGCUGUGGGGUCUGUCUGGAUGGUUAAUUGAGGUGGAAAACCCACACUAAAUGUGAGUGUCAACAUUGCAUGGGUUGGGCCCUGAACCAUGUGCAGAAAAUUGGAGCAGGCAGCAGGAGUGUGCUCCUUUCUCUUGCUCUUGACCUGUGCUGUGACUAGUGGUUAGAAUUCCUGCCUCGACUUCCCUGAAAGGAUGGACCAUAACCUGGAAUUGGGAGCCACAUAAGCCCUUUCUUCCCUAAGUUGCUUUUUGUUAGUCUUUUAUCACAGCAACAGGAAAGAAACUAGAAUACUUUUCAAGAAUAUUUUCCGAUAGUAAUUUUUAUGAUAAUAAAUACAUAGUAAUGUGGCCAUUCUACAUGAAUUAUGAAUCUUUGUUCUAGCUUAUUUUCAAUAUUUGUGAAAAUAUGUCUGACUAUUGUUAUCAUGUGUCUUAGAGAACAAACUAGUGCUUACUAUGUCACAUAAAACCACUGAGGUUUUGGACCUCAGUACUAUUAACAUUUGGCCAUAUAAUGACUUGGUGUGGAGGGCUGGUCAUGCUUUGUGACGGUGUCCCUUUUGACCUCUGCACACUAUGCUGGCAAUACCUCCCCAGUUGUAGCAACUCACAGUUUCUUUAGAUGUUUUGUCAAUUGUCCCUUGUUGAGAGUCACUACUUCAGAUUUGAUUCUUUUCAGUUUUAGUUUUUGAGAUAUCUAAUCACAAUGGAACAUACAAGUUCUAGUUUCAUAACAAAUUUUUUAAACAUAUACUUUUUAAAGUAUUGUACCUGCCCCUCCAUAACAUUACCAACAGUACCUUCUAAUAAGUGACAAUCAUUUGUUUUAGUCAGUCUAUUACAUCCACUUGAAUGAUUCCUUCUUCUACACAACCUGUGAAAAUAUAACAGUUAAAGGAGAUGCUCAGCCAGGGUUGGAUUAAUAAAACUUAAUGUAACAUGUACUAUGUUUUAGAUAAUCCUGACUGUCUUUUAUCUGACUUGAGUGUGUACAGAUGACUAAAUAAAUUCUAAAUGUGCUAUA